AUGCAUACUGAAAAUCAUAUUUUAGCUCGUUUUCGUUCAUUGAUUCUUGUUGCUGGUCUUAUUAGUCUUCUCGCAAUUAUUGCUCAAGUAAUCUUUCAAUCAAUUCUUCUUGCAAAUAAACCAUAUGGUCAUACACUUAAUAAUUGUACUAAAACUACUGAAAUUCUACGAUAUUUUGGUUUAGAACGUUUGGAUAAUUCCAAUGCUAUUCGAAUCUUACGAUUAAUCUUUCCUGAUAUUAUCAUAUUCGCUAUAUCGACAAUAUGUUUUUUUACUAUUCGACGUACAUUAAUAAUUUUAAGACGACGUCAAAGAAAUGAAAUUCAAACUUCUAUAACAUCGGAUACAAUAAAUAUAUCACCAUCAAUAGAUAGUAGUACCAGUACAACAACUAAAAGAAAUUCUUGGCCACGAUUAUUAUCAAUAGUAAGACGUAUACGUCUAUUUAUUCAAUUUAUUAUUGUCGGUUUUGCUGCAUUUGUUUAUCCAAGUAUAAUCAAUUCCAUAUAUUUUAUUUUCUUUCUUAUUAUUGCUUUUCUAUGGUCAUUAUCUAUUAAUUUUGGUAAAAAAUUUGCAUUAGUUCGUGCUUUAUUAGUCAUUUAUACGGGCUUGCAUUUACUUACUCUUUACCUUUAUCAAUUUACAUUUUUUCAAGAAGCUUUACCACCAUUAUCAUUAUGGAGCAAUAUCACAGGUCUAACAGCAAUCGUAACAAAUAAUUGUACGACAAGUGAACUAUAUAUUGCCACUAAUCUUGCAUGGAAUGAUUAUGUUAAUCCCUGUGCAAUUUUGCUUCUUUAUCUUUAUUUUGCUUUUGAAACAAAUCGAGCAUUUUUUCAACGAGAAGUACGAUCGAAUACAACAACAGUACAAUCUCUUGAACAGCAGAGUUUGGUUGCCACUGUCGAAAGACUAGAUACAUUAGAACCAAGUUCUCGAAGUUUACAAACUCGAUGGAGUUUUGAACAAUCUAAUGAUCAAACAUGGCAAGGACGAAUAAUGUUUGUCGUAUUAUCGUUCCUUCAUAUAUUAGAACGACAAAGUUAUUUAUUAUCGUUAAUUGUUAUGCUGGCAUGGAGUAUAACAUUUCAUAGUUUAUUAACAUUAGUAUUUCUUCUUUGGGCAUGUCUUCUAUGGGUAUUACCCGAUUCUCGGAAAUGGUGUUUAAGAAUGAGUCCAUUUUUUACAAUUUAUGGUGGAAUAUUAUUAAUAUUACAAUAUAUAAGUGGUUUUAAAAUAAGUUUUGAUCAAUUUCAAUUCGCUUAUGAUCGUCGUACAAUGCAACAAAUUGGUAUUCGAACAAAUGAUGAUUGUCCAGCAUUUAUUCCAUUACUUGUUAAAUCAAUAUAUAUGAUGGUUUUUUGUUUAACAUUUCGACAAUAUAUAAGUGGAAGAGGAAAUCUUAAUCUUCCGUCAAGUGAAGGUCAUCGAUUCAGUAUUUCAGCAGAUUCAUAUACUGGACGAUUAGGACGAUGGUUUAUAAAUUUUUUAACAAAAUAUUGGAUAUUUGUUUCAUGUGGAAUGAUUUUACUUGUUAGUAUUCGAAGUUCAGUAGUGAUUUAUCAAAUAAUCUAUAUGGUUUUUUAUUUAUUUUUCAUACUUUCAUUUCAAAUUUCAUUUGGAUUUUGGCGUAGAACAGCAUCUACAUUUCAUUUAACGAUUAUUAUCUAUUCAAUGAUUAUUUUGAUAGGAUUAUAUAUUUAUCAAUUUGAAGUAGUUAAGGAAUUUUUAUCAGCAAGACUUAGUCAAGAAUUACUUGCAUCAAUUGGACUUGAAUUUGUUCCAUCAGAAGUUUUGGCUGUUCGAUUACUGACACCAAGUGCAUUUCUUAUUGUUAAUAUAAUGCAACUUUAUUAUUUUCAUUCUGGAUGGAUGAAUUUAAUUACAAUGCCUAGUGAUAAGAAUAUUCAAGGUCCAGCAAAUGGUACAUUAAAAGAUAUUCAUGCAUAUGCCAAAGAAAAUACUGAAAAUGUAAAUAGUCCUCAUAGUCAACAAAUAUUAAAAAAUGAACCAAAAACUUGGCAAGAAUCUUUAUAUAAAUUUUAUUUUCGAACAAAUCGUUUACAUAAACAAAUAGUUUAUUAUUGUUGGCGUUUUGCUGAAUUACAUUCAUAUAAACUUGUUCUUUUUAUAAUGGUUCUUGUUUCUGUACUCAAAGUUUGUGCAUUUAACAUAUCAUUAAUUAUUUUAACAAUACUUGGUUUAAUAUUAUUACGUCUUCGAUCAUUAAUUAGUUUAUUAACAUUGAUUAUGACUGGUCUUUAUAUUCUUGCAUCAAUGUGUUAUCAAUUAGAAAUAGCAAAACAACAAAUAAUUGAAAAAAAUAUUUUUGUUCGAAAUUGUUCUCAAGUAUCUCCAAAUGGAACACUUGAUCCAAAUUCUAAUACGAUACCUAAUGAUACAGCAAAAUGGUUUGGUCUUGAAUUGACAACCAAUAUUGACCGAUUUAUUGGAAUGUAUAUACUAUUAACAAUUGUUUUAACUUUUGAUGCAAUUGUACGAUAUCGACAAAGACAUCGUCGUUUAAAACUAUCAGUUCAUUUUAAUGUUCACAUUAUUGAAAAUCGUUUUCCAAUAAUAUUUGAACCGUUUGCAUUAAAAAGUCUUCAAGAUGAUACUUAUGAGUAUGAUAUCAAUAGUUAUCAACAAGCUGAUCAAAGUGUGAUUGAUUUUUUAAAAUAUUUAAUAAAUUUUGUUUUCUAUCGAUUUGGUUUGGAAAUAUGUUAUGUAACAACUGUUAUUGUCAUUGGUGUUCGUCUUGAUGUAAUAGCCGUUUUUUAUGCAAUAUGGCUUGGUCUAUUUUUAAUUUCAAGUCGACGAUUCAUUAAACGUAUAUGGCCUAUUUAUAUUUUCUUUCAAAUUAUUUCAUUUUUAUUGCAAUAUUUGAGUGCUGUUGGUGCACCACCAAUUCUUUGCUUUGAAUAUCCAUGGACAAAUGUUAACAUAAAGGGUUGGCCACAAUUAAAAAAUUGGCUUUAUUUACCUGAUUAUGUAGAUCAACCUUUAGCAACGCAAUUAAUUACUGAUUUUUUUCAAUUUUUAUUUGCUUGCCAACAAUGGCGUGUAUUUGCAUAUGAAGCUAAUGAAAAAGAUCAUGUAUAUACUGAUGCUGGUGGAUCAAAUCGUGAAAUAAUCUAUGAUGAUGACGUUUAUAAGAAUAAUCCAACAUGGGAUUUUGUAACAAAUAAACGACACUGGUUUGAUCACAUCAAAUAUGCUAUAUUUAUGUAUGGUGCAUGGUGUGUUUUAGCAAUCCUUUAUCUUGCUGGUACAACACGUAUUAGUUUACUUGGUCUUGGUUAUCUUAUUGCAUGUUUUUAUUUUCUUUGGUAUGGUCAAGAUUUUUUAACAAAACGUGUUACAAUGAUGCUUCGAUUGGAUGGUGUUUGUAUGAUAUUUUUAUUAUUGCAAAAACGAAUAUUUGGCAGUUAUUAUUGGGAACAUAUCGUAACUGAACUUCGUUCUCAAGCUAAAUUAGCUAGUCAAGGUGCAGUUUUAUUUAAUGAAAUAUCACGUAAACGAAUAGAAGAAGAUCGUCAACGUGAAGAACAAACUGUAUCAAAAAUAACCAGAAGUUUACAACGUAUCAAAGAACAACAAUCAAAAUUAAAUCAAUCGAACAGUAAAAGUGCUACUGGACUUUUGGAAACAUCUGAGCAUUUUGAAGCUAUUCGAUCGGGCGAUUAUUAUAUGUUUGAAUAUGAAUCAGAAGAACAAGAAGAUGAAGAAAAACCAGACGAAGCUACUGUUGCUGAAGAACAGAUUUUUGAAGCUUUAGCAGUAAAUGAUAAAGAUGAAAGUGCUUCUGACAUUGUUGAAAAAUAUCGAAAAUCAUCUGUUAUUGAAUCAGAUAUUCAAGAAUUAACUACAACAUCUCGAACUGUUCCACUACCAGCAACAACAACUGAAGUUAUACCACUUUCACCAAUUCCAGAACAAGCAACAUCUGUUGAAUCUAAAGAAGAAAAACCUAUAAUAAAACGAAAAAUAAUUUUCAUUAAAAUUCGUUUAAUUAUUUGGAUUAUUGUUGAUUAUCUUAUUAAUUUAUUUAAUCGUAAUUCACGUGAUUAUCGAGAAGUUUUAAAUAAAUUAGCUGAAAUGAAAUCUGCAGAUAAAGUUUUACAACAUGAAUGUAUACGAAUGGAAACAAGUGCUGACCAAGCAUCCGUAAUCAACAUUGAUCAAAUGGCUGGUGGUGAUUAUCCAAACCGAAAUGUUCUUGUUCGAAACGUAUCUCAAUCAAGUGAUUUAAGUCAACAUUCACGUUUUUAUCGGUUAUGCGAGUCUUUAUUUUAUUUUAUAAUAUCUCGAUCUGAACUCGUAUGUUAUUCAGCUAUGAUACUAAAUCAUUUAACAUCAGGUACACUUUUAUCGAUGCCAUUACCAUUAUCAAUAUUUCUUUGGGCUACAUUAUCAAAUCGACCAUCACGAAAUUAUUGGAUUACUAUUUUAACUUAUACAGAAGCAAUGAUUGUAGUAAAAUAUAUAUUUCAAUUUCGAUUUUAUCCAUGGUAUGCUGAUGCAGUAGAUGUACGUCCAUUAUCUGCAAUAAAUAUUAUUGGUAUUAAUCGGAAAGAAAAUUCUGCUUCUGUUACUGAUUUAAUUUUACUUUUAUCUUUAUUUCUUCAUCGAUCGAUUUUAAAACAACUCGGACUUUGGAAAGCAGGACGAACGACUCCAAAUAAUUCAGUGAUUUUAGAUGCUGAUCAUGGUGAACAACAACAAGUAUCCCAUAAGCCCUUAGAAACAACACCACUAAAACGUAAUACUUAUUUUAUGAAACCAGUUAUAAAAUUUUAUCGUCAACUUAAACAAGCAUUAUUUGUUCGUGAUGUUUAUGCACCAAUGUUCUUCUGUGAUUUUAUUAAUAUGUUCAUUGUUAUAAUCUUCUACAGUCAAUUUGGUCUAAGAGGAAUCUCCAGGGAACGAAGCGGUGGAAGUGUUGUACAAACCAUACAAGAAAAUAAAGUUCCUGUGGCUUUUCUUAUUAUAUUAUUAGUUCAGUUUAUCUUAAUUAUAAUUGAUCGUGCACUUUAUUUACGUCGUAAUGUACGUGGUAAAUUAUUCUUUCAAUUAUUUCAAGUGAUAGCUGUGCAUAUAUGGUUAUUUUUUGUUUUACCCGGAAUAACUCGAAUGAAAUUUCGUGAUAAUGUUGCUGCUCAAUUUUGGUAUAUAUUCAAAUGUAUUUAUUUUGGUUAUUCAUCAAUACAAGUACGAUUAGGUUAUCCAAAACGUAUUGCAGGAAAUUUUCUUAUGAAACGUUUUAAUUAUUUUAAUCAAAUAUUAUAUAGAAUUUAUUUAUUAAUUCCAUUUUUACUUGAAUUACGAACAAUUAUGGAUUGGAUGUUUACAGAUACGGCACUUGGUUUAACAAAUUGGUUACAAUUAGAAGAUGUUUAUUCAAAUAUUUAUUUACUUAAAUGUGCAAGAUGGGCAGAAAACAAAUAUCCAACAAAACGUGGUGUUCCUCGAACAAAAGUAACAAAAUAUGGUACUGGUGGUUCAUUAUUAGCUUUAUUAAUUUUAUUAAUAUGGUUUCCAUUAUUGUUCUUUUCAUUUACUUCAUCAUUUUAUCAACCAAAUCCACCAACAGAAGUGAAUGUUGAAGUUAAAUUAGGUGGUUAUUUGCCAAUUUAUCAAAUGACAGCACAAGAUACUGAUAUACGUCCAUAUACAUCUGCAGAUUACAAUAGUUUACGUACAUCAAUUUAUUUACCAACUGUCGCAUCAACAAUUGAAGAUACUGCUUACGCAUUUUUACGUGAUUUUAAUCCGAAUGAUAUUCAUUGUGUAAAUUUAUUUUCAACAAGUGUUAGUCUAUGGAAAAUAAGUCAACCCAUACGUGAUAUUGUUGUAAAUAGUUUACGAUCAAAUGCUACAGUACCUGUACGAUUUUCAUAUACAAUAACACGUAAUCCACCAAAUCAAGAUGAUUCAGAAGAUAUUACAGCAAUUGUAACAGGUGAAAAUACAGUUAAUAUUCCAGAAGAAGAUCAACAAACACGAAAUGCACUUAUUGAAAUACUUAAUGGAACUUUUGAUGCACAAACAUCGACAGAAUUUACUAUUCGUAAUUUAAUGCCACGAUUUUUACAUGUUAAACCAAAAGCAAAACCUGAAGAUAUUGAUUCAUUCAAGAAGGUUUUUUCAACGGAAUAUUAUGCUAAUAUAACCAUGGGUCUUAAUCGAACAAGAUCAAUACCAAAUAGUACUGAAGUUUGGUGGGAAAUGUCUGAAAAUCGAACACUAUAUACAGUUUCUCCGUCAUGUUCUUCUCCCAGUCAAAAUUUUAUGACUAUGAUUUUGUUCAAUGAUAAAAUUUCACCAGCUAACAUUUCAUUUCUUACUCGUUAUGGUAUUAUUGGUAUCUACAUUUCAAUCAUUUCUGUUGCUGCAACUUUUAUUCGUGGUGAAUUAUUUGGUACAACGAAUACAAUUAUGUUUAAUGAGUUACCACAAGUUGAUGGAUUAUGGCACUUUUUGAAUGAUAUUUAUCUAUUACGAACUGUUCAUGAAUAUGAAAUUGAAAAUGAUUUUUUUGAUCGUUUAAUUUAUAUUUAUCGUAAUCCACAAUUGAUUAUUGGUUUAUAUACAACAUUUGUAAUUGUUGUUGCACGAUUGUUACGUACAACUUUGCAAACAAGUCAAACAAUUAUGUUUAACGAAUUACCAAGUGUUGAACGUUUUUGGCAACUUUUACGAGAUAUUUAUUUGGUUCGAGAACAUAAUAUGUUAUGUAUUGAAGAACAACUUUUUGCUAAAGUUAUUUUCUUAUAUCGUUCACCAGAAACACUUAUACGAUUUACAAAACCAAAAAUAGACUAA